AUGAGUGCUGCCUUCGCAAGGAGUGCUGCCUUCGCAAGGAGUGCUGCCUUCGCAAGGAGUGCUGCCUUCCCAAGGAGUGCUGCCUUGGGACAGAGUGCUGCCUUCGCUAGGAGUGUUGCCUUCGUACAGAGUGCAGCCUUCGCAAGGAGUGCUGCCUUCGCAAGGUGUGCUGCCUUUGCAAGGAGUACUGCCUUCGCAAGGAGUGCUGCCUUCGCAAGUAGUGCUGCCUUCGCUAGCAGUGUUGCCUUCGCAAGGAGUGCUGCGUUCAGAAGGAGUGGUGCAUCCGCAAGGAGUGCUGCCUUCGCAAGGAAUGCUGCCUUCACAAGGAGUACUGCCUUCGCAAGGAGUGCUGCCUUCGCAAGGAGUGCUGCCUUCGCAAGGAGUGCUUCCUUCGCAAGGAGUGCUGCCUUCGCAAGGAGUGCUGCCUUUGCAAGGAAUGCUGCCUUCGCAAGGAGUGCUGCCUUCGCAAGGAGUGCUGCCUUCGCAAUGAGGGCUGCCCUUAGAGGGAGUGCUGCCUUCGCAAGGGGUGGCGCCUUCGCAAGGAGUGCUGCCUUUGCAAGGAGUGCUGCCUUCGCAAGGUGUGCUGCGUUCGCUAGGAGUGCUGCCCUUCUAAGGAGUGCUGGCUUCGCAAGGAGUGCUGCAAUCGUAGGAGUGCUGCUUUCACAAGGAGGGCUGACUUAG